AUGGCGUUACUUUGUUCCAAACCCAUUUCUUCAUUGCCUAUGCUGGGGAAUGACGAGCCCCCCGCAAUGCAAUACACCCACACCCAAGACCUCGACAUUGAAACCGCCAUACUCAUCGCCCAACUCGCUCAAGAGGACAUCGAACAAGUACUAAGCACGCGCAAAGGCAAAGCCCGCGAAAACGCCCCCCUCACCGACGCUGAGCUCGCCUGUCAAAUGCAGCUGGAGAUCUUCCAGCAAGCGGUGGUAUUCUCGGAGGACGCGGUCCUCGCGCGAAGUAUAGAUGCUGCUGUGGCCGCUGAUGCGGCGUGCUUGGAUGCGUUUAGCGUCGUUGAGCAGGCUGCGUGUGCGGAUAGACGGGCGGCGGAGAUGCUUGCUCAGGGUGAACGGCUUCCUGCGAGAACUGAAGCUCAAUCCCGCGUUGCAGACCCGGAUUUUAGGAUGGAGCCUGUUAUACCCAGUGUUCCGGUAGACGAUUCUUUAGCACCAGAUACAAAACAUGGAGCAGAGUGUUCAAAUUCAAAAGCGGUGGAUGUCAAUCACACUGUAGAUAAGGCUCUAAAUCCUUUACCAAAACAAGAGGACGAUUCUCCAAGGUCUUGGAGAAAGACCGACUCUACUGCUACUUUUGCCACACUUUUCUCGGCUGCGCGGUGA